AUGCCGCCCGGGUGUGUGGCACUUGUUCCCCCACCUGAGCCUGCCGUACCCAUUCUUGAGGCUCCCUCUGUACCUGCGCCUCCGUCAGAGGCCAGUGCCGCCCCCGCUUAUCCUAUGAUUCUAGUCGAGGUUUCUAAGACCGCUGAGCAGACUGAGCAGUUGCUAGCGAGCACACUACUUCUUGAAUUUAGGAAGUAUGAUCCCCCGCAGUUUUGGGGUGAGCCAGACCCAUCUGCAGCUGAGUUAUGGCACUCCAUAGUGGAGAAGAUCUUCGACACCAUGCGAUGCACCAAUCAGCAGAGGGUUCCUUUGGCCAUUUUUCCUUCUUCAAGUUUUAACCAGAAGUUCUUCUCAGAGGAUAUUCGUGAGCAGAGGGCUUUAGAGUUCGAGACCUUAGUGCAGGGUGAUAUGUCAAUGUCUCAUUAUGAGGCACGUUUUGUUGCGCUAUCCCAUUUUUCCAGCUAUCUUGUUGAUGAUGAGAGGCGGAAGGCCCGCCGUUUUGUGAGCAGCUUGUGUCCCGCCCUCCGUAGCCGCAUGGUACGACGUUUGUUGAUGACGUUCGACGAGGUCGUGCAUAGGGCCUUGGUUUAUGAGGAGGAUUAA